GAUUAGCAGCUUUAGAGAAGAACGAGACAAGUCAAGGAAACGAAUUCUCGAAAUGCAAGAUCACCUCAAAGCUCUUCACCAAAAAAACAAUAAACUUUGAAACCAGGUCUCGUUCAUCGAGCUUCCACGAACCGGGCUCCAAGUCACCACGGCAACCGAGAGCAAAUCCUCCCCAACCAGGGGACCCCAGGGGACCCCACACAGGCAGUCGAUCGUUUCCUCGUCAGACUAGUUACAGCAGCGCUGCUUCUGAUGUGUCUAGUCGUGAUGGCUUCUUGGCGGCGUCACCUCGUACAGCAAGACGAUCAAGCAUCGAGAACCUCAACAACUCCAUGUCUAAAAGUCGUUCUCCCUCCACCCCCAGGCGAUCUGUUACACUACCCGGUAACUACACGAGACUUGCUAGUGGUAGUAGUAUGUCAGGGCAAGGGUUACCAGACAGCCCUACUAUGACCCCCAGGGGAAGUGUCCAGUCUGUCGCGUCGAGUCAGUCGUUUUGGAGAGGGGCUGGUACUAGUGAUUUAGGAUCGUCGCAAGGUUCGUCUUCACAGGAGAUAACAGUGAUAGCGAGACCUGUGGAUGAUACCAUGGAAACAAGGACUAGUGGUGAUCACUGUAUUAGAUCUUUGAGUCAACUACCAGAGUUCGCUAAUGGUCGCUUACCAAACGAGCUUCUACGGUCACUGCGCAGCUGCAGGAACUUACAAGAUGUCUACAAAGUGUUGCUUAGUUACUGUGAUGAUCAGGCGGACAAGAAACUCAAGGAAUACGAACUAGAAAUCGAGAGAUUAAACUGUACCGUUGAACAUUUACAGUCACAGAUCAACGUCUUGUGUCUGUCACUGGAGGAGAGUCGUGAAAACGCUGAAAAAAUGUGUGUUUUGAUGGGCAAAUAUGAAUCUAACAGCACUGCUUCUCAGCUCUCGUUAACCUUCUGUGACAAGGUUAUCGAAACGUAUGAAGUAUUACUACAGCUUUCCGAGUCAGAACAGUCUUGUUUAUUAGCUAGUUGUAAAGCUGCUGGUGUGAAAACCGGUUUAAACUCGUCAUACCGGUUAUUAUAUCCAGAAAAUUCGAUAAAGGAUGAUCAGUCUGAUGACGUAGACGCGUGUCUUGUGUGCAGGCGCACGGCAGAAACAGAAGCGCGUUCUCUUUUACAAAGACUUGACAAAGAUUUAGAAGAACAAUACAUCAAGGAGCAACCUUGGGAAUCCGCGUCGUCCCGCAGUAGAACAAGUUCGGGAUCCUCGAACGAGAACAUGGAGUUCACGCGCGAGGAGGAAACAAGACUAAAGAGUUAUAUUCAACAGUUGAAAUCUGAAAGAUUAACAGUAGGAUCAACGGUAUUGGAACUGCAAGGUGUUCAUGAUGUACUUGAACCACAGAAAAUAGAUUCACUAGACCCUAAACUAGACCUGGAGAAUGCUGUCUUGAUGCAGGAAUUAAUGGCACUCAAGGAGGAGAAGGCGGAACUCAAAGCUAAGAAUUAUUUAAUUGAAAAAGAAAAGAAAGCUCUUGAACUGAAAAUCAACUCGCGCGAGGCACAUGAACAGGCGUAUCUACUGCAGAUUGAACAACUCAAGUCUGAGAUAAGAGAAGAAUUGAAAAAAAGACGAAGAAUAGAAAAAGAAAGAGAUGCUGGGAAUAAGGAUGGUAACCUAUCUUCCGGUAAUCAAUCCAGUUCUGGUUCAGGAUCAGGUAACUUGUCAGACAUCCGUAUCAGUGAUGAUGACUUACCAACAGAUCUACACGAGGCAGCAAUUCGUGAGAAGAAGCUUCGCGCUCGUAUUAAAGAGCUGAUGGAGGCGCUCGAGAGCCUGUCGAAAAACUCCGAAACCAGACACACGCAGACAGCGGAGUACGUGAGUGACUUGAAGAGAGCGAACGGAGCGCUGGUCGCUGCUUACGAGAAAGCAAAGAAGAAACAUGCUGCGAGGCUACGAAAAUUGGAACAACAGAUGAUGUGUGUUGUGGAACGACAUGACGCGCAGGUUCGAACCCUAAAAGAAAGAAUCUCAUUACUAGAAGAAGAAGUGUCUAGUAGACAGAAUGAAACUGCUCUAUAAGAUAACGAUGAUGGAAACGACGUCGUAAAAGGGUGUGGUUUAUCCCUACCUCUUGCUCCGCCCAACUGUUUUGACAGUUAAAAAGAAUCGCUAGUAUUUCGUCCACAAGGAAAGAAAGGACCAAGGACUUGCAAUUUUUGAAUUACGAGCGGGUUGUCAAGACCUUCAUCUUAAGGUUCUAAGGUGAACGUUUCUUGGAAAUACGCCGGUGUUGUUGAAGCACGGGUUAAUUGAAGGGGUAGGUAGUGAUCACAAUAAGCCUGUGAAGAAACAUCGACAAACAAGGAAAAGGAAACGGUUUUCUGUUUAACAUAGACGAUGUUGUUCUACUGGUUUAUUUGAUCUACCUAACCUGAGCCUGCAGUCCUUUUGUUCUGCGGUUAGUAAAGAAACAAUUUGAAUGAAAGAGAUUAACCAAUAAUAUUAACCCGCUUUUUUUGUUUCCGGUUUACGAUCUAAUUGACCAAUCAAAAAGAUGAAAGUUGAUGCUUUUCAAAAUCCUUUAUCUUAUUACGUCGAUCGCUGACCUAAAGGAAUGCAUGCUCAGCUGCACGAAGGGUUCAAGCGGUAGUCAACAGUCAGUUGUACAAUCGAAUCAAUUAUUGUAUUGCAGACAUUGCUCACCAGUGAGUAGUACUUUGUUUGUACGGACCCAUUCCUCCUCCCACACCGGACAAAAAAUACCUCGGAAGAAUGGGGAAUAUAAGGAUGUUUUCAAUCAGUCAAACCAUUCUAUCUUUAAAAUAUACCUUGCUCUGAUUGGUCGGCUACUCGCCCAAUCAAAACAUGUGUGUCUGACGUCACAAGCAAUGAAACGAAUCAAUUUUUGAAGGAGAACUUCAAGUCACUUCUCAUCACUAGGUUUCUGUUCUUAUGUUUCACAGGGAAAGUCACUUGCGCUUCACGUGGUUUCGUGGGUUUUGAAGGGAUCCCAAACGAGUUUAAGUUAAUAACAUUUCUUAUCAAAAAUUUUGCAUGCGAAUUAUUAUUUUUUACGCUUAAAAUGCUAUGAAUUAAAUUGAAAGUCAAUAAAGUCUUGUGUAAAGAAAGCAAAACGAAAUAAAAGCUGAAAAAGUAACUAUCA